GUGUAACUACAGUAACUCUGCAGUGCGACGAGUACGGUGUACGCUGUGCUAUUCAUUACUACAUCAACGUCAACAUUACAUUUUUUUUUACCCACACAGACGCACGUAGACCGCGACUCCGACUCGCGAUCGCGAAGUGCACGAGUGCGGCGCUGCCUUCGACAUAACUCAACAUCGACUUCAGUCAGUUCAGUUGGUGGAGGUUCGUCGAUACGCGAAUCCGAUUCCGAACGAAUAUUUCACGUUGUUGUGUCCUCGUCGAACGGACGUUUCGUGCGGCUGUUUAUUUGAAAAUGCUCGUAAAGGGUUGUUUACUCGACGUACUACGACGAUAAUACCUACAGUUUUUCCGGCUUUUCUCUGUUCUCUGUUGUCGCAGUGAUGGUUACUUUUUGGUGAAUUUUCGCGAAACGGUUUUAUCUGCGAAUUUUUUUAUACAUCUGAUUCUGUUUUACUUGCGGACCGGUUCUUGUUGUGAUAGUUUUACUGUUCGUUGUGUUCGUUUGGUUUUUAUACAUUUUUUGCUGUAAUUUUUUUUUCCUUUUCUAUUUCGUGUUUUUAUUAUUGUUAUACUGUGAAGUGCAUCGAACUUUACCUCAACAGGUGGCUGGAACUGUAAACGAGGAUUAUUUUUGUCGGAUUUUAUCUAUUUGAAUUGUGAGUACUGAUUUUGCGGUGUAAAAAUAGCGUAGUUAACUAGUUAUGGACCCAAGUGUCUACCUAUCAGAAUAAAUGUGCUAAGGCAUCAAAUGAUGGUUGCCGGAUUCAUAGUGCGUCAGAAUAGUUCGCCGAUUAACGGCGAAACGGCUUUUUUAAAUUCGAACAUACCGUCGCAGAAUGGCAGCGGAGGCGGCGGCGGCGGCCACGGCCACGGCCAGAACGGGCACGCUCAUACGAACGGUAACUCGCGCACGUCGGCAGAGCACGUGCAGUACUGCGGUCAGGACUCGAGUAACGGUAACAUGGAUCCGUUGUCGCCCAGUCCAUCGUCGCCCAUGUCCGAUAAUAUGCAGAAUUACGAGAUGGGCUCGCAUCUGCCCGGCAGCCGCAAAGACUUAUUCUCGCAGCGCAAACAACGCGAAUUCAUACCGGAUAACAAGAAAGACGAAAGCUACUGGGAUCGCAGACGACGCAACAACGAGGCGGCCAAGAGAUCGCGGGAGAAGCGACGGUUCAACGAUAUGAUCCUCGAGCAGAGGGUGGUCGAGCUGAGCAAAGAGAAUCACAUACUGAAAGCUCAGCUGGCAGCGAUUAAAGAUAAGUUCGGUAUUAACGGUGAGAAUAUAGUCAGCGUCGAACAGGUGAUGGCGUCGUUGCCGUCCAACGAACAAGUGCUCAGUAUUACUAAACGUACGAAACUUUCGAAUCCGUCUCCGCUCAUGUACUCGCCCAGUCCGAGUCCGAUACCGACAUCUGUGAUACAUCAAGCUCCGGUCCACGCCAAUGGCGGCAAUUCGGUCAUGUCUUCGCCCAGCCACACUUCGAUGUACUCGCAAAAUUCCGCAAACCAUAACGAAAACCACCACCAUCAUCAUACGUACCCCGAGUCCGAAUCCUACCCUCCGUACAGCUUCGCGCCAGUCUUACCGCCCCUUCAUCCGCCCAUGUUCGAGGCAGCCAGCAACAGCGUGCUGAACCUGAGUCGUUCCCGCAGCAGCGGACCGCCAUCGCCGUACGAGCUAUCCGGCGCUAGCAGCGACGAAAACUCGGCUCCUAUAUCGUUAACCUUAUCCUCGUCCACCAUGGCAGCGGCCAAUAAUUCGCUUCCUCAUAAGUUACGCCAUAAGAGUCAUCUGGGCGAUAAAGACGUCGCUGCGACUGCUCUACUCUCGCUGCAGGCCAUCAAACAGGAACCGGUGUCGUCCAGGGGAAGUCCGCCAUGGGACGCCGAAGGCAGCAGCGACGAAAGAGACUCCGGUAUCUCGUUGGGGCUCGACUGGAGCGUCAAAACCAAAGCUUCCAAGAAUGUUACUAAACCACCUACGUCUCCUCCGAACGUGCACGAUAUCGAGAGCUUAGACGAGGUCCACCUUAAAUCCACCGUCGCUCGAUUAGCUUCCGAAGUCGCCUCUAUCAAGAGUAUAUUGUCUUCCAGGGAGUGAAUCGGUGAUUUUAACAGUAUAACCUUAUUAUUAUUAUAAUGUCUUUCCUUUUCGUUGUUUUUGUGUCUCUUUUCUCGUACUUUCGUUUUUAUUAUUUUGAUUAUGUUUCUCCUCAUCUUUAUUUCCCUCGUGUGUUUUUACUAUUUCCCCCCUACCCCCUUGUGUUAAUUUAUUCAUUUUUUGUUUGUUUGUUUCUUUCGUUUUUCUUCCUCUGUCCUCUUCCUCUCUCUAUAAUCUUUUUUUUCGUACCUAUGAUACUAUUUUUUUUCUGUAUUUGUGUUGAAAUAUUAUUUUUUUGGUGCCGACUGGUACUCGAUUACCGGGUGCUUUGACUAUUAUCGUGAUAUAUUGUUGCAAAUUAAUUUAUUCUUUUUUUUCUCUCCUAUGUUUUAAGAAAUUGAAUUGAUGUAAUUUUAUAUUUUAUUUUAUACACCGAUCACAUCUUUUUACUUUUGUGUUUUGAUAAACUACCUACCUAUAAUAAGUGCUUCGUGAUAAAAUAAUUACUCUAUUGUCAUACUAGGUGCCUUCACUUUAUCGAUUAUUUUGAUUUGCGAAAGUAAAUUCUUAUCGAGGACGUGUAUAUUAAGCUAAGGAUAUGUUCGAAAAAUGAUUUUUUUUUGGGUCGAAAUUUGGCCUUUGAUUGUAAUGUUUCUAAUUGACGUGAUUCAUUUUUCAAUUUGUAGUAAAAUUAUCAAAUUUUUAUUUAUUAUAAUUUGAGUAACCAAAAUUGAUUUCUAAAUACUGGAAAUUACCAAAAACUUGGUAGAAUUUUGAUUUCAUAGUUUUAUCUAUUUUCAUUAAUCGUUGAGUAGAAAAAUUUUCAAAAAUUUCAGAAAUGAUCAAAAUUACCAAAAGUUAUUAAAAAUUGUCUAUUUAUUUUGAAAUUGGGCAAUCAUUUAUAGUAAUUUACCAUUUGUCAGAAAAUUACAGUAAUUUGCCUUUCUUUGAGUAAAUCACAUUUUGUGUAAAUUACCGUAAAUUACCACUUUUUCGGUAAAUUACAGUAAUUUACCGCCUUUUGUGUAAAUGACCGUAAUUUACCGCUUUUUGUGUAAAUUACAGUAAUGUAUGUACCACUUUUUUGGUAAAUUAUAGUAAUUUACCACUUUUUAGGUAAAUUAUGGUAAUUUACCACUUUUUGGGUAAAUUACGGUAAUUUACCACUUUUUGUGUAAAUAACGGUAAUUUACCAUUUUUUGAGGUAAAUUUUGGUCAUUACCCUUUCAUUUGGUAUUUUUGCUAAAAUUAAAUUCUGCAAUUUUGAAUAAAUUUUGAAGAUUCAGAUUCAAACCGAAUUACAAACGUAAUCAGGUACUUUUAACUACGGUAAAUUACCGCUGAAAAAGAUAUAAACAUCAAUUAAAUUGCAGAUGAAUGAAUCACCUUAAUUUUUACGACAUUAUCUAAUAUACCUACCUACGUAAUUGAGGUAAAUAUUCCGAGUUGAGAAGAUUUUCACGAACAUAAUAGAGCUUAGUACGUAUACGCGUUCACGAUGCUUAAACGUGGAUUCAAGCCAAAGCUAAACAAGCUAAUUAAAUUUUUCGCUAUAAAAACAUAACAAUUAGUAGAUUUUGAAGUGUAUAGUUAGUUAUGUAAUUGCGCUGAUCUCAAUGUACGCGUUUUUUCCCCUCUCUCCUAUUUUUUUUUUUUUUUCGAGUACAAAAACACGAGUAAUAAUAAUGAGGUUUAGAUACAUAAGGAGAGAUGGGUGGGUAGUACUUACAGUUUGUAUAGGAUCGUUUGAGCACACGAGAGAAUGUUCUAAACACCAUAUAUUUUCCACACAUGCUGUGUACUUUGUACGGUAAUUGAAAAAUUAUGUAUCACGUGAAACAUUUAUAGAAAGGUUUCGCUAUUGAAACUAGUUUUAACGAUAAGGUCAAAUGGAGCUUGAAUUGUAGCAAUUAAAAAUAGAAGGGAUAAUGAAAAAUUAAUACAGUUUCGCUGUUCUCUCUUCAGAGGAUAAGUUAUAUGUAUGCGUAUGUAUUUUAUCGUUAUAUUGAUUUAUGAUUUUGAUUGCUACCGUAGUAGUACCAUUUGACCCUUGAUCGUUAUACAACCGAAUUAUUGAGUUUAUCAAAAUCUUCAUUUGAGCCGCUCCAAUAAAGCAAUUACGUCACAGCGCGAGUCUCAAAUGUCGAACCGAUGUAAACUUAAUGUGCUUUUGUUAGGCUUUUUUUUUCUUCUUCUUUUGCACGUAUCAAGCAUGUUGUACUUUUAGCACCGGUGCCAUAUAAGUUAUUUGUUGUUGUUGAUGUUGUUAUUGUUGUCAUUGUUGUUGUCGUUUUUGUUUAAGUAGACGAGAGAGAGGUUGGGUGUUGACUCGAAUGUGUGUUUGGUUUUUUUUUUUAGGGUAUACAAAAAGAAUUUCAAAAUGUAACUUUCGUUAUUUUCUAUAAGGUUAACUAGUAUCUCCGUAAUUAAAAAAUAUGAUCAUUUAUUUGUGAUAUUUUAUAUGUUAAACAUAUUGUUUUUAAGAGUGAUUUUUAUAUUUUUAAUACACAUUUUUCAUUUUAUUUUCUCAAAUUUUGGAUUUGAAUGGAAAGUUUUCUUCUUUUUUUUUUUUUUUUUUUGAAAAUAUAGUGCGUGAAUUCAUUACGAUUUUUUUUUUAUUAUUCUUCAUGAUAUUUAUGUUCAUUUUCAUGACAAAUUCGAAUAACGAUCUGAAUGUGGAAAAUUGAUUAGCAAGUGAUGUUUAGAAUUAAUAUCCAAAACUUUCAUUCCUGGACUGUUUUAUAAAGUUUUUCCUGUGAUAUAUUUAUUUAUGUCAGCGUUAUAAUGGUGUGUAAUUUAUAUUGCAUAGAAGUUAAAAAGAAAGUGAUGUGCCAAGAAACAAAUUUGUAUGCUUGUAAACAUACUGUACUAAAAAAGACCUAAAAAAAAAUAUUCGAAAAAAAUGUAUAUUUUAUUGAAAAAAAAAACAUCUUGUAAAUAGUAUAUAAAAAAAUGUGUAUUGUCAUUUUAAUAUAUUUAUUUAUUGUAUGUAAUGAAAGAAAUUAUCAAAGCACUGUUAUUAAUCGUCUUUCUGUUGUAUAUAAAAGUGUUCUCAUUUUGGAAAUAGUGCAAUCAUUACACACUCGUGUAACUUAUAAUUGUUGAUAACUUUUUGUUUUAUUUAUUCAUUUUUAUUUAUACAUACAAAAGAUUCAUAUUGUAUCUAUUCUUUGUUAUAGUAUGCAUACGAGUGUUUCUGCGCUGUUUUAAUAUUUUCGUUUAAGAAUUUUGUUGUACUAUAUAUUUAUGUCUAUGAUGUUGAAAAUAUAAUAUUUUUAAUUAUUUAA